AUGAUUAUUAAGAUGGGAAGUAUCGAAGUAUUCUUCCCAAAGGACAAAAUAUACCCAGAACAAAUGCAGUACAUCAAAGAGCUCUACGAAGUCGUCCAGGGCAAGGGCCACUGUCUCAUUGAAAUGCCCACAGGCACAGGAAAAACAGUCUCCAUUCUCAGCUUCCUAAUGAGCUACCAAAUUCAUCUCAUGACAAAUGGAGUAGGACACGAGAAAAUAAAAAACACGGGAGGAUUUAAAAAAAAAGAGGGAAUAUUCAAGAUCGUGUACUGCACGAGAACAACUGCAGAAAUACAGAAAGUCCUGGAAGAGCUGAAGGAGCUGUACAACUACAUACGCACAUACAUCCCAGAUCUGGAGUAUCUCGGCGUGGGACUAGCUGCCAGGAGAACACUCUGCGUAAACGAGAACGUAAAUACAGGAAAUCCCUCAGAAAUAAACAGAAGAUGUAAAGAAGAAAAAAACACAAACUGUCCAUAUUAUAAAAAGUAUACAGACGGAUCAUCGUAUAUUCUUUCCAAUGGCAUACACACACUUUCAGAACUAAGGGAAGAAACAGGAGGAGUCAAUGGGGUGUGCCCGUACUACACAGCGCGCUCUUCUAUAUUCCUAGCAGACUGCAUUGUCUAUACGUAUAACUACAUGAUUGAUCCAAGAAUAAAUGAGCUUGUCUGCAGCGAUCUUGGAAGCAACUGCGCAGUGGUAUUUGAUGAAGCACACAACAUAGACAGCGUGUGCGUAGAAGUGCUCUCUGUAAGAAUUAACAGAACAACUUUAGAUAAGGCAUGGCGCACUCUUUCCCUUAUCUCUGAUUACGCAUCUGGACAGACAUUCACGCGCGAUGAGAUAAAAAGAAGCAGCUAUGCCCGAGGGAAGGGAAUUAAAAGCGACUUUUCCUCUCUAUUGGAGAGCCACAAGUCCAGCAGAAAAUGCACUGCUCUACUCCCGGGAUCACUGCGCACGGUGAACGGAUUCAUAUCAGCAGCCAAGAGAAUCGUUGAAUUUUUCAAGGCCAAGCUGAAAGAUGUAAAUCUGUCAUCAGAGCCCACAGACUCUUUCGUUAAGGCACUGGAGUCAAGUGUGUUUGUAGAUUAUUCAGCACUUGUUCAUCUGUCGCGGAGACUGCGUGAAUUAAUGGGGGAAAUGGAGUCUCUUGGAUUCUCUGAAGACUACUACGAUUUAUCUCGGGUGUGCGACUUUUGUUCUCUCGCAGGACAGUUCAAAAAGGGAUUUUCCGUUAUUUUUGAGCCUUUCAACUCCUACUCGGUUUAUGAGCCAGUUCUACACCUCUCUUGCCUGGACUCAUCUAUUGCUGCAAAAAGAGUGCUAUCUGGAUAUAGAAAUGUAAUCAUAACAAGCGGCACGCUAAGCCCCAUCUCAAUAUAUCCGCGUCUUCUUGAUUUUAUCCCUGUAAAAUCGGUAGAGAUCGAUGCAUCGUCAAAAAGAGGCCUGUGUGCCCUUAUUGUCACAAAAGGAAGUGACCAAAUGACCCUUGCCAUGGAGAAAUCCUCAAAUGCUGUAUCUACCACAUUCUCACUACGAACUGAGCCUGCAGUAGUAAGGAACUACGGCAAUCUUCUCCUGGAAAUGGCUGUAUCAGUGCCUGACGGCCUUGUGUGCUUCUUUCCUUCGUACAAGUAUCUGGAGGAAGCUGUGUCUGCGUGGUCUGAAAGCGGAAUGAUAAAAAAAGUCCUUGAAAAUAAACUUAUUUUUGUAGAGUCAUUUGACCACGAAGAAACAGAGCGGGCCCUAGAGGGAUACAGACAGUCGUGCGAGUCGGGCAGAGGAGGAAUCAUGCUGAGUGUAGCCCGUGGUAAAGUGUCAGAGGGCGUGGAUUUCUCUGGAUGCUACGGCAGAGGCGUGCUUGUAUUUGGCGUGCCAUAUCAGUACACUGAGAAUCCAAAGCUGAAAAAAAGACUUGAGUUCCUGGGCAGCGAGUUUGGCAUCAGAGAGAGCGAGUUUCUCUCUUUUGAUGCAAUGAGGCAAACAGCGCAGUGCAUAGGGCGUGUACUGCGGUCUAGCACAGACUAUGGGCUAGCUGUUUUAGCAGAUAGGCGAUUUAAUGCCACAGAAAAGAAGACUCAGCUGCCACGAUGGAUCCAAAGGCACCUGGAGACUAGCAAUGUGAAUCUGAGCAUAGACAUGUCGGUGGCACAGGCCAGGCAGUUCUUCAGGAGAGCGCCUAGUGCAAGAUAUUAUAACUAG